AAAUAAAAUAUUAAAAUAUAUUAAUAAUGUUUGUUAUUUGAUAGUAACUUAAUGGUUAACAACUUUCUGACUUUAUAAAUAAUUGUAUAAGUAUUUAGAAUUAGAAUUUUAGACCGUAUUUAACACUAGUUACUAAACAAAACUGUAAAAGUUCAAUCUUGUUAAUAAUUAUAACUCAUAAGAAAUGGAAAAUAUUAUGUUCAAUAAGGAUCAAGAAAUGGAGUCUUCUGGUUAUAAAGACUACUCACAAGAAGAUUUGUUUUUAGUUCCAGAACCAAAACGGUCUAACGAUCAACAUAAUUCUUCCGAUCCAUUUGGAAAAAAAAAGAAGGAUAAAAGUAAAAAACAAAUUGAAGCAGAAGAAAGAGAAAAAAUGAGAGUUCUUGUAUCCAACUUCACUGAAGAACAAUUGGAUAGAUAUGAAAUGUUUAGAAGAUCGGUGUUUCCUAAAGCAGCAAUUAAAAGGAUCGUACAAACCAUUACUGGAAAUUCUGUAUCUCAAAAUGUUGUAAUUGCCAUGUCGGGUAUUGCAAAAGUUUUUAUUGGUGAAAUAGUUGAGGAAGCUCUUGACAUAAUGGAAGCUCAAGAAGAUUCAGGACCAUUACAUCCUAAACACUUAAGGGAAGCUGUAAGGCGGCUUAGAAAAACUGGAGCUAUUCCAUCUUCCAAAGGUAGAAAACUACCUUUUUACAUUUAGAUACCUAAAAUAAAUUUAAACUUAUUUGUUCAACAAUUUAUAAUUAUUUUUAAAAUUUAGCAACUAAUGUACAUUUUUAUUGUAUAUAUCUGACAUUUAUAGUAAUUAUUUGUAAAGCAUCUAAUUAUAUUGAUAAAUAACAAAAAAUCAAUUUAUUUAUGACAUUUAUGUUCUUAUUUAAAUCUCAAACAUCAAAAAAUGUGUUAAA